AUGGUCGUCAAGGCAAUCGAGUCCUACGAGGAGUUCCAGACCCUCAUCAACGGUGACAAGCCCGUCGUCAUCGACUUCUGGGCCACCUGGUGCGGUCCCUGCAGGGUCAUCGGUCCCAUCUUCGAGAAGAUCUCCGAGACGCCCGCUGGCGACAAGCUUGGCUUCUACAAAGUCGACGUCGACGCUCAGGAGAAGAUCGCCGCCGAGGUCGGUAUCAAGGCCAUGCCCACCUUUGUCUUCUUCAAGGACGGUAAGAACGUCAAGCAGGUCCUCGGUGCCAACCCGCAAGCUCUUCAGGUCGGCUCGUUGCGUAUUCUCGCAAGUGGCGAAGUGUCUUGCCCUCAUUCAAACGGCCAGCGCUGUGCGCGCAGGACAUCGCUGCGAGCCAAUGGGCGCAGAGACCGAUAUGCUGAUCGAUAUGCCAUGGUGCUGGUGAUGCUGGUCCACACGAGUGAGGAGGAGUGA